AUGAGUCUUUACGAGUCGCCCGUGACGUCGCAUGUCCUCGAUACGUCGCUCGGUAUUCCAGCUGCUAAUGUGCGCGUGAGGCUGCAACAUCUCCGUGACAACGUUUGGGUCCAUGUCCACCAGGGGCGAACCAACGCCGACGGACGCGUGGCGAGUUAUCUUGUCCCGGAAGCUGUGGUCUUUGAGGCAGGUACCUAUCGCAUAGUGUUUGACACUGGUCGCUACUUUGAGGCCAAUGGCGUCACAGAGUUCCUCUACCCCGAAGUGACCGUCACGUUCGAAGUGGAAGACCCGACUCGACACUAUCACAUACCGUUGCUACUCAAUCCCUUUGGGUACUCGACGUAUCGAGGGAGUUGA